CAGAGACUCAUCCGGCACUUUUACAACAUAUUGAUUAUCUGUAUUUUGUCAGCUUUCAGCAUGGUGGUGUGAGUGUGUUUGAUUCAUUGUUUUCAGAUUCCAGGGAUUAUAUUGGAAACCAAUUGAAAAAAAGAUGAUUGAGCUGGGCCUCGCUGACGGCAGCCUGAUCGACGAGCUGAUGGAGCUGACGGCACAGAGCCUGAGUCAGCGGGAGAUCCAGGAACAUUUCAACAUCAUCAAGGAGAUCGGCCGAGGGAAAUACGGCAAAGUGUUGCUAGUAACACAUCGCUUCAGGGGGACUCCCAUGGCCUUGAAAGUGAUGCCCAAAGCCUCGACUAAGCUGCAGGGCUUUCUGCGGGAGUACUGCAUCUCCUUACACCUGUCCUGCCACCCCUGCAUCGUGGGCCUCUUUGGCAUUGCCUUCCAUUCUAAUGAGCACUACUGCUUUGCCCAGGAGCUAGUCAUUGGGAGGGACCUGUUUGCUGUCAUCCAGCCAAAGGUGGGUAUCCCAGAAUCUUCGGUAAAACGUUGUGUCCUACAGAUCGCCAGUGCUUUGGAGUUCAUCCACAGCCAUGGCCUGGUCCACCGUGAUAUCAAGCCUGAAAACAUCCUCCUAUUGGACAAUCACUGCUGCCAGGUCAAGCUGGCAGACUUUGGCCUGGCCCAGAAGAGAGGCACUCUGAUACGCUUUAUCACAGGAACCCUGCCCUACAUGGCCCCGGAGCUUUGUACCGUGGCCCUGAUGGAGGGCCAGAAAGAAGUGACCGCUCCUCCGCUUAGUGUGGAACCAAGCCUGGACACCUGGGCCUUCGGGGUGGUUAUCUUUUGCAUCCUUACGGGCUACUUCCCCUGGGAGUGCUGCAUGGAAUCGGAUGACUUCUACCAGGAGUUUGCAGACUGGUGCAGAAUGGAGGAGAGACCCAACACUGAUGAGGACAUUCCUCCUUUGUGGAAAAGGUUCACUCCAGAAGCCAUGGAGAUGUUUGGUAAGCUCCUGGCUCUAGAUGUAGGAAAGAGGUGUACAGUGGGGGUAGUUAGAGCUUAUGUGGAGAAGGACUGGCUCAAGAAGGUACAUGGGAUCGGGCAGCAGGAGACAGCAGAAAAAGAAAAAGUCAAGGAAUAAUACUGGACAUGGCGAAGUGGAGGCCUAAUACUUAUACAAUCUAAAGCUUUUAGAAGCCUAGACAGCAUGUCAAAUAUGCAAUCAAAGGUGCCUAGUAUCAGGCAUGGUAUUGCAAUGAUGACACAUAUGGUGUUUACAUCAUUUGGAGAGGUGAGACAUAAUUCUAAAGGUUGUGUCCUAGAGUCAAUUUAAAAGACCAUUUGACAGGAGGAUUCAGACAACUACAUAAAGUCCACAUAUGCUGGAGUUCCUGUGGUAGAAUAAUAUUCAGAUCCUUCACUGAAGUAGAAGUUUGGCAUUCAAAUAUGUAUUUACGUAAAGUAUUGUAAGCAAAAUGCUUACUUACUUAUCAUGUAUUUGACUAUAUAUAUAUAGUCAAAAUACAUAUUAUACAUUAUAUUCUUGGUUUGGAUUAUUGCAUUCUUAUUUUUACUGAUGCGUUAAAUGUAAGUAGUAAAUCAAGAUAGAGCUGAUUUUAGCAACUUGCACCACUAAAGUACAACUAAGGUGGGUCCUGCAUCAUAAUAUAUGUGGCUCUGUUUUGUAGAGGUACCAGGUCAAUCCAGCCAUGCUGCUUGGGUAUUUUGACCCAUAAAAAAGCAUGAUAUUUUAUAGAUCAUAUGUUUUAAAUGUAAAAUCUAAUGAUGCAAAGUAAGUAGAAAAGUCAGAUACAUAUAAAAUAUGAUGUGGUGGAACACCUCUUCAAUUAUAAACAAAUGUAUCUUUUAUAUUAAGGAGGUAUGUAUGAAGGGGUUUAAAUUCAAAUAAACCAAUAAACAAAAUACUAAAAUCAAGCCUGCGGGGAUGACAAGUACCAAAGAAUGAGGGACUGCUACAAGUAAUAUCUACAAGACUGCCCCCUGAAAUGUAUUAGAACAGAAAUGUACAGUAACAUGAAAUACUUUGCACUUAAAGGGACACUCCAAAGAUUGUACGUGUGUUCAGUUCAGUUAGAGUAAUAAUAUAAUAAUAUAAUAUAAUGUCUUCUGUUAUAAAAAGUAUUCCCGAUGAUGUGGUUGGGGUUAUCUUGGAUCGGGCUUUAAACUUUGACAUUUUAAAGAGUUAGCCUGCAUUACAAACUUGACACAAACUCAAGAAGUGGACACUUGCAUUGUGGGAAAGUAGGAUCCAGUGUUUUUGGAGCUCCACCAAAACUCAGAUGUCCGAGCUUCUGCUGCACCAUUUAUUUUAAUUAUUUUAAUCUGUGAAUCUCCAAACUUUAUUGCAGUGCAACAUUAAAAUACAGGCGUACACCUUUAAUUACAAUCCCAGAAUAAAUGUACUUGCUUGUAUUGAUUUAAUAAAUGAUUAGAAAAUGAAAAUGCAUCUUUGUUCAUGAACCAUGUUU